AGCUAAGCAAGAGCAAGGUAUCGGGCCAGCUCAACUGGCCGAGCCAAGAACCACGCGCCGUCGGCUAUAAAAGCCGGAGCGCGGCUACCUCGCAUCGCGUUGCCUUACCCACCCUCCCAUCGUAGCAUCAAACCUGUCCUCGAUUCCCAGCCCCGAACAGAGAGAGAGACACACGGGCGCCGGGCGCCAUGGCGGAGCCCGGCAAAGAAGCUGCUAUACCUCCUCCACCGCUGCAAGCAACCGAGACCGUCGACGGCCCUGCUGCAAUAACACCCGACCCCGUGCAGCGCACAAGCGAGCCGGCUCCACAAGAGCCGGCCGCCAUGGCGGAGCCCGGCGGUGGCCCUGCUGCAUCACCGGACCACGCACUGCACGUGAGCGAGUCGGCUCGCCGUUUACCGCCGCAAGAGCAAUCUGACGCGGCUGCUCCAGCUGGCCAGCCGCAGCAAACAACGGAGGGAGCCAGCCAGCCACCUACGCCAACCAAGGCGGAGCAAGUGGCCACAUUGACUCGCCCACCUGAGACGCCGUCGCAGGAGAGUUCGGCGCCGGCGGCUGAAGCCGAGAAACAACUCCCAGCACCUGCACCACCACCACAACAGCAGAAGCAGCAGCAGCAGCAAGAAGGCGGCGUUGCGGAAGAAGCCUUCUCAGUUCACGAGGAGCAGAAGGACGCGGCACCGGCGCAGGAGGGAGAAAAGAGACCGGCUCGUCGCUGGUGGCGCCGUCUUCGGUGCGCCGUGCUCUUAGCCUUCCUCCGCCCCAAGAGCGCUCCUCCGCGCGGAGAUCAGAGCGCUCCGCCGCCGGAGGACAAAGGAGGCGGCACGAAGCCGUCGGCGUCGGACAGCAAGCGGCCGGCGUCAGGUCAGGAGAAGAAGAAGCCGAAACCGAAGGACAGCGCCGCCGGUGUUCCCGCCAAGCCUGCAGCGACGGAGAAGGACGAAGGCGAAGGGAGCAAGAGCCUGAGCCGCAGUGAUGAAACCCAGGCGGCGUCGGCGGCGACGCCAGGGAAGCCGCACCAACCCAAGCGGCGCAAGAGCCGGCGACGUGCAGAGAUCCAGGCUGCUGCAGUCGCUGGAGGCGACGUCGACGCCGCCCCUGGCGAAACGCCGGUGGGGAAGACAACGCCAUCACAGCACGACGUGGGGUGCCCUCUGUUGAAGAGGUUUCAGAAGGUGGGCAAGCUAGUGCAGUUCCUCAUGUCGUGGUACCAACGCCACCGCUCCUCCUCGCGGAAGGAUGAACCCCCGGGGCCGGCGCCGGAGGAGGGAAAAAACGGCGAGACCAAGACACCGGCGCCGGAGGACAAGCAGCCAGACUUGUCAGCGCAGGAGGAGGCUAAUAAGGCGCCGGCGAAGGAGCCGCACCCGAAGUGGCCAAAGGAGGAAGAACGACUCGAGGACAUCCUCGAGAAAGCCUUCACAAAACUCCUCGUGACGGAGUACAGCCAACUCAGCUGCAUCAAGCAGAAGUGCCUCCUCACCUUCUCCGUCUUCGAGCUCGCUGCCGAGGUGAAGAAGCAAGCCAUGGUCUACUGGUGGGUCUCGGAGUUCAACCUGCGCCACCGGCAGAGUGAUCCACCCAAAUCGGGUAAAAACUCGGCGCCGGUUUCACCGGCGAAGCCGAGCAAAACCCGGUUCCCCGAGAAGCAACUGGGGCGCAAAACCGCAGCUCCGGCUGGCGGAAGUGAUUCACCGGCGCCUCAGGGCAAAACCGCAGAUGAUGAUUGUAAACUCGACCCGUCGGCGGAGGGUAUCAUCUCCAAACUUUCUGAGCUCGGUUUCCUCGAGCCGAUCAAGAACAACUUCUGCAGCAGGGUGAUCCAAGGGUGCAAGGUGAACCCCCUGGUGCAUUGGAUGCUGAAACGUCGGGCGAGAGAUGAUUACUUCGCCGGCUUGGACGACCAUGGCAACCCGACGGCGGACUUGCAACCUAAGUCCACCAUCCUUUGUCUGACGGCUGGCAAUCGUGCCUUGCUACAUAAGAUCGCCAUGGAAGAUGAACCACAGGCCGGGAACGAAGGCGAGGCAACAAGGGGAUCUUCUUGCCUUGCCUUUGUUCGGAAGAAGGACUCAACAGGACUUCGGAAGCAAACACAGGAGCAAACCAGACCAAAACAAGAAGAUAUUAUGGUGACAAAGAAGAAGAAAAUAAUCCUCAAUGUCGGUGCACAUGUGUACCGUCUCUCGGAGUCCCUACUUAAGCAACACUCCGACUGCUUGGUUGUGCUGCAGCUCGGCCAAUGGUGGAACCUUGACAACACCACAUACAUGGAGGCUGAAGGUCUGGAGUCACUGAUGAGAACCGUGGGUGAUCUCAGGAACCUCCGCUACCUCAGUCUUCGUGGGUUGUCACGGUUAACAGAGCUCCCAGACAAGAUCAAAUGGCCUAAGAAUCUUGCAAUCCUAGACAUGCGUGGUUGCCAGAACUUGGUCAAAGUGACAACAAAUGCCAUCACACCAUUGAAGCAACUUACGCACCUGGACCUCACUGACUGCUACAUGUUGGAGCAUAUUGGCUGGGGAAUCACCUCCCUCUCAGAGCUGCGGGUGUUCAAGGGCUUUGUUUUUGGGGCCGGAAUGCAAGGGAACAAGGCAUGUCGAUUGCAGGAUCUCAAGAAGUUGAAGAAGCUCCAAAAGCUCACCAUUAGCGUCACCACAGACGCCAAUGUCGGCAAGAGGGAGAUGGCUCAGCUUAAAAAUCUCUCCAACCUCCGGUCACUCACAGUGACAUGGGGCGAACUACCAAGCAUUUUGAUCAAUGGCUCAGACUCAAAAAGUGAGGACAAGAAGAAAGAUGAGAAGAAAGGCGAGAAGAAAGAUGAGAAGAAAGGCGAGAAGAAAGAUGAGAAGAAAGACGAGAAAAAGGAGCUUCUCGAUACAUGGACUGACCUUGAGCUACCACCGGAGCUCGAGAAGUUAGACAUUCGAUGCUACCCCAAGAAAACUCUAGUACUCAAAGGGCCCAAGUUCCUCAAGAAGCUCUACUUAAGAGGUGGAGAACUAGAGAAUUUGGAUAUUUUUGACGAAAACAUGAUCAAGACAUUGCGCUUGAGAUACCUUAGGAGUUUCAAGAUGAAGUGGGGGAAAUUGCUUACUACAAUGAAGAAUGUUGAAUACGUGGAAAUUGUGGUUAAGGAUCAAAAACUGAUGAAGCUCUCAAGAAUGGAUAAGGAUGAGAAAGGUCUUGCGGAAAAAAAGAAAACUCGAGAGGAAAAAGAGAAGGCUCUUGAGGAGGCCAGGGAGGAAGAUCACAAACUUGUAUCGACCAUCAUGAAGCAGAUGGAGAUACCAGAUUCUACCUUGGAUGAGAAUGGGGUGUGGGUGAGGGAUAAUAAGGAAAAGGAGAACCAGGAUUUGAUUGCACGAGCUGUCGAUCAGCCUACUCUGACGAGCAAUGGAGAUGCUUCUAAGAAGGGAGCAGGAGACCAAGGCACCAAAUAAAAGAGCAAAGAUGUUACUAAUAAGGUCCUUGACAACACCAAAAAAAUUGACAAUGGUGGUGAUGAUGCUAGCGAAGAACAAGCAAGUCUUUCCUUCUCCAGCGAUAAAAGGAUCUAAAUUCGAGUGGUGCGCUAUGCCUAGGCUCAAUUUGACAAUAAUAUUGCUUAUGUUAUUUUUUUAGAAGGCAAAAAAUAAUACACGUACUAAAGGUGAUAUGUCAUAGAGGCAAUUAUAGAGAUAAUUAUAUCAUAUUUAUAUUUAUGUAUUUUUGAAUAAUGUGUUAUUUCAAGAAUAACUAUCAUUUAUAUUUAUUGGCAA